GUUCUCUGUUACAAAUACCAUCAACACUCCCAAUUCAGUCUCAUAAUAAUCAAACAUACAUACUGCUAAGAAGGUAAGUCCUUUGUAUGAUUGAAUUGAUAAUUGAUUGAUAUGAUUGUUAUGAUCCCAAUUAGGCUAUUUUGCUAUUUUGUAUUGACAUUCUUUGCAAGAUAAUUAUGCACAUUAAUGCACCUUUAUAUUACGCAUCGAUUUACUUGCAUUAUAAAUAUUUGCAAGUUGUCAAAGCAUGGAAUAGUCCACUAUUAAUGAUAGUUACGCCAGAACUUUUACAAAUCUUAAAGGAAUACCUUUUCUCAAAGUGAAACAUUACUUGUAAUUAAACUGGCUUGCACAAAUUUUAAUGCAACAUUGGUUGAUAUGCUAGCAGCACUGGUGUACUAUGUAGUGAUCUAUUGUAGUUUUAUUAAGAUGAUAUAUAUAUAUACCAAUGGAAAAUGUGUUGAUUGUCAAAUAAGUUUCACAUUGAAAUAUGGGUAUUGGGAUUAGCGGAACGAUUUGCAAGAUUUUGAGAGAGUAGAGUCAACAAAUGCUUAAAACAGUAAGAGUGUGACAAAGUCUGAAACUACGCAAUAGUGCUUUCUAAACUGAUGUGGCUGCUACUUAACAUAGCAAGCAGCUUUUAAUAAGAAGGAAUAUGGGAAGAAUCAAGAGUCUUCUUUGUUAGUAUGCUCCAAAGUAUCAGGAUUACUUGCUGUACUGCGAACUGUGCAGAAUUGACCAAGAUGCUUUGCAAAUUGUAAGGUUAAUAGACCAUUAUCUAUCUCCCAAACAUGAUAUGUAUCUCUUCAUUACUCUUCAGGGUUUGCCAGAUCAGUAAUGUUUACUUUAAAUAAAAAAAUUAAAAAAAGAGAGCAUGAGAGCAAGCAAGAGAGAUUUUGUUGUAUUCAGAGUAUUGUUAUACUCAGGAGAUGUAGCAAAGUGCAGUUUUGGGGAUUUUAUUACAGUAGCUCAUAUACGAACUAAAACAUGUAAUAAAAGUACAAAGUGCAUGAAAAAAAUAUAUAAAUUAAAAAAUAAUCCAAUGUUGUGUGUCUGAAAAACAAUACAUACAAUGUAACAACAUAAUUUAACAAAGACAAGUUACAAUAUAGGCAAAUGAAAAGUCCAUGUACCACUAGGUAACUACCCCUAGAGUGUUUACUUUAUAAAUAUAUAUAUACUUUUAUGUGUCAAUUUUAGUUUCUGUAAGUACUAUUAAACUUUAAAGUCAAACAUAUAAACGUAUAAAAAAAAUGUAAACUUUCAAGUGGUAUGGUGUUCCUUGCCAUGUGUGACAAAUUAAUAACAAAAACAGACUGAAAAUCUUGUACGUAUGAUAUACUUUUUUUUUUUUAAAAAGGCACACAUUAAUGUAAGUGUUUGAAAACACUUGAGCUGCACUGUUUGUAUAUUUAUAGUAUUAUAUAAAGUCAGAAGUUAUAUGUUUAUAUAUUGCAUCAAAUCCCUCUCUGUCCCUUAACAAAAUGCCAUAUAAUGUGUGAGCUCAAUAAACAAGAAAUAUCACAAUUAUGGUUGAACACACACAUAGCAAAUAUAUCAAAAUAGCUUGGGUUCUUAAGUAGAAAACGUAACCAAAAUUAACCUGUGUCAGUAAAGGGUUAAGAAGUCUGAGCUGAUACCGUCAGUUGCCCGGAUAUAUUGUAUAGCUUGUAAUUUACUAACAUUGGUAAAUUGCCCCGGAUUAGACAUGUCAUCUUUAUAUGAUAUACAAGAGACAAUGAAUCAAGAAUUUAAUUUCAAACAGUUUUAUACCAUGCUUAUGAUCAUUUAAUAAACCAAUACUGGCCAUGCAAUCACUCUUUAGUUUUAACCCCUUAAGGACGAAGACAAUUGAACAAAAGUUCUGACCAAACCAAAACUAUAUGUCUGUUUAACUAUAAUUUACCUCUUUCAUAUUACAUGAACCAACAUACUUAUAAUACAUUUGUUGAGAAGAAAUAGGGCUUUCAUUUCACAUCAAAUAUUUAACAUAUGAAACAUCCUGUAACAUGAAUAAAAUCUAAAAUAAAGUGUGAGAAAUUAAGAUUUUGAUUCUGCAUGGCAUUUUAACUGUGCAUGUCAUAAUUCUGUCAGCUUUUGCAAUAAAACACACAUAUUAGGGCAUUCAAAAUGGAGUAUGCCAUCUUUUUAACCCCUUAAGGACACAUGACAUGUGUGGCAUGUCAUGAUUCCCUUUUAUUCCAGAAGUUUGGUCCUUAAGGGGUUAAGUAGCCACUUGGUCACAAUCCCUGGCCAAAGUUAAUGUUCAUAUAUCUUUUUUUGUUCUUGCAUUCUUCACACAAAAACUAGACUUUCACUGAUGAUAUCAUUAUCAUUAAAAUUUUAUUGCUCUAUAAAAUUAAUAUUUGUGUUCAGAGAUAUCUCAUGAGUAGAACAGUACCCGUACAGUUUUAUGGUAUUUUGGAAAGUUAAAUGGUCAAGUAUAGGCAGUGGUGUAUCCUGGUUUUGUGCUGCCCUAGUAUAGUGUAUAGUUCUUAAAAUUAAAUAAAUACAAACUCAGGUGAACAACAACACAUGACAUAUUACACAUUACAAUUUAUUUGAAAAAAAAAUAAAGUUAAAAUGGAGAAGCCCCGUGUGAAAGAAAACGUACACCUGGCUGAUGUCUUUCCACCUUGGCAUUAUGUUAACAUAACAUAUGCAUAAACCCCCCCCCCCCAAAUACUCGGGACACCUUUAUUUGGGAAAAUUAUCACAGCUUUAAUAAUAUAUUAAUAAUACUUAAAAUAUUAUAAGGUCAUUGUCACAUAUUAACAUAACAUAUCAACCAUAAGUCCUUUAACAAUACUACCCAAAACAAUGGCACACAUCACAAUACGUAAAACCACAUUAUAACAUAUAAUUAACAUAUAAACAUAACUAUUGCCACCAAGGGCAUGAUUUUCAGCUUUCUUCCAUGUAGGGGUAUAGCAAGAUACACCCUACACACCUUACACAUACCAGGUUCGGAGCUACCAAUGCGCUCGAACCUUCCAAACCUAACUGUUCUUAGUGAACCAAACUAUUUUACAUCAGGACAAACAACUUAUACCCCAACUUCUAUAACCCAACUUCUCUAUCCAUCCCCCGCCGGGGGGGUGGGGGGGGGGAGGGGGAGCAGUUAGUGUGCAGGGCCAGAUUAAGAGCCCAUUCAGCCUGGACUUGACAAUUAUGAUGGACCUAAUUACAGAAACCUAUCGACCAAAAACACUAAAACAAUCAUACCUCCCAAGCGUCGUGUAUCUGAUGGAGAUGGUGUUGGAGGGAAGGGAUGCAGCUAUACGAAAACACAUACUCUAUGCUAAUCUCUCUCUAAUUUAUGCUUUUAUCUUUUAAGUAAAUCCAUACCCCCUAAUAUCAGUGUCCAGUGAAGCAGGAAGUCAAUGGGCAGGGUAAAAGGGUGGGACACUGACGCAAAUCACAUGACCAGACCUGCCAAAAGGGGUGAACAUGCCCAAAAAGGGGGCAUGUUUGUCCAAAGAAUUGGAAGGCCAGCCUGGCAUGAAUGCAUGUCAGGCUGCCUGCCAAUCAUGCAGGUUGUCCAACUAAGGGCUAUGCAGGCAGCCCCUUAAGCUUGACAUAAAUGCAUCAAAUGAUGCGCCUACUCCACGCUUUCUAAGGACUGUCUACUAGCACUCACAAGGACAGAGUAAAGGUGUAGGUAGUGAAUGUAGAAGAAAAGGCACAUGCCACAGUGUUAGAGAAACCAAAGUCUGCAUUACCUUAACUAAUUUUAUUGUCAGCCAGUCGACACAAGUUUUGUUGCCAUACAUCCCUCUUAAGCUUCCAAACUUAAAGGGACACUAUAGUCACCAGAACAACUACAGCUUAUUGUAUUUGUUCUGGUAAGUGGAAUCAUUCUGUUCAGGCUUUUUGCAUUAUACACUGUCUUUUCAGAGAAAAUAACUCCACUAGCCACUCCUUGGAUGGAUGCUAGAGGUGCUUCCUGGGACAGUACUGCCUAGUGUGCAGCACUGCCACUCAGUGUCUCCAUCCUCUGCAUGCAGACACUGAACUUUCCUCAUAGAGAUGCAUUGAUUCAAUUUAUCUUUAUGAGGAGAUGCUGAUUGGCAAGAACGAUGUUUGACUUGUGCUGGCUCUGCCCCUCAUCUUCGUAGUUGACAGUCUCAGACAAUCUUAUGGGGAAGCAUUGUAAUUUGCCCAGACCACCACUUCUGAUGAUGUCAGUUCAGAGGCAGAGCCAGCAUCUGCAGACUUGAAUACAAGUAAGGUUUUACUAUAUUUAGGGAGGCAAGAGGUGGUCAGGGGGACUAGAUGGUGGUUUUUACAUAAUAGGGUCAGAAAUACAUGAUUGUGUUCCUGACCCUAUAGUGUUCCUUUAAGCUGGCAGAAGAGUAGUUAGGGUUGCCACCUUUCUUGGAAAAAAAAUACAAGCCUUAAUCAUUUGUAUAAUUAAUUAGUUAUGCAUGACAUCACAUGAUGUAAAUCACAAGGAGUGACAUGAGAAAAUUCUGUAAAAUCACCAACAAACUACUCACAGUUUGAUUUUGCUGUAUAGAUUAAUUGCUCCCAUUGUCUCCCUGUCUCCCAGUGUCUCAGUCUCUCAAGUCACCCAGUGUCUCAGUGUCUAUAUGUAUCACAGUGUCAGUGUCCCCAUGUCUCCCAGUCCCAUAGUCUCCCAGUGUCCCCAUUUCUCCCAGUGUCCCCAUACCUCAGUGUGUCCCCAUGUCACUAGGAUACUAGGGGACACAGUGAGACAUGGGGGCACUGAGACACUUGGGGACACUGGGAGACAUGGGGCCACUUGUGAAUACAGACAUGGGGACACUGGGAGACAUGGGGACACUGGGAGAAAUGGGGACACUGAGACACUAGGGACACAGAGAUAUGGGGACACGGACACUGGGAGACAUGGGGACACUGAAACAUUUGGGGACACUAAGACACUAGGGACAUUGAGAGACAUGGGAACACAGCCACUGGGAGACUAGGGGGACACAUGGAGACUAGGGGACACUGGGAGACAUGGGGACACUGAGACACUAGGGACACUUGUGGACAUAUACAUGGGGACACUGGGAGACAUUGGGACACAGACAUUUGGGGACACUGGGAGACAUGGGGACACUGAGGACACUGGCUGGGAGACAUGGGGACACUGGGAUACAUGGGGACUCUGAGUCACUAGGGACACUGGGAGACAUGGGGACUCAGACACUUUGAGACUAGGGGAAACUGGGAUCCAUGUGGACACUGAGCCACUAGGCACACUGGCUGGGGGACAUGGGGACACUGGGAGACAUGGGACACUGUGUCCCUACUGUCUCCAUGUCUCAGUGUCUCCCAAUGUCCCUAUAUCUCUCAGCAUCCCCAUGUCUCACAGUGUCUCCUAGUGUCUGUGUCCCCAUGUUUUCCAGUGUCCACAAGUAUCUCAGUGUCCCCAGGUCUCCCAGUGUCCCCUAGUGUCUGUGUCCCCAUGUGUUCCCUAGUGUCUCAGUGUCCCAAUGUCUCCCUGCUGCCUUUCACCCCAUCCCUCACUUACCUGAGCUGCUGUCUGGACUCUCUGUGCUGUGUAGCUGCUCCCCCAUGGAUCAGUGAGUAGUAGAGAGAGGCAGUAACUGUAACUUCCUAUCCCUGCCUCUCUCCACACACACACUGGCCGGUGCUGGUAUUGCAGAGUAAUCUCUGUUUUAUACUGAGAAAAAUACCUGCAUUUGUAUUGCCGUUAUUACUGCAAUACCUGCACAGCCAGGCAUCCUCAAACACCGGCUGUGCCAGUAAAAUACCAGGUGGCAAACCUAAGAGUAGGGUGUGAAAAAAAAAGGGCCUUUUCCCUGGGCCUGGGCCUGGAGCUGCAGCUCCAUCAGCCCCUAUGUUAAUCCAGCUCUGUAAGGGGGUACUUAGUUUUUCAUGUAUAGCUUCUCCAUUUUGGCUUCAUUUGUAUUAAAUAAAUAAACUGAAGCAAUGUUGUAAAGAAGAGUAGGCCAAAAUUCCUCCACAAUGAUGUGAGAGAUUGAUAAAGUUAUACAGAAAACAAUUGCUUCAAGUUAUAUCUGCUGAAAGUGGCUCUACAAGCUAUUGAAUCAUAAGGUGUACUACUAGUUUUUUUUUACACAUGACUUCUCAAUUUUAGCUUUAUUUUUGUUAAAUAAAUCAUGAUAGAGUAUAAUAUUUCAUGUGGUGUUUAUCAGGUUGUUGAUUGUGGCCUGUGGAAUGUUGGUUGCUGGAUAUUGUGCAAACCUGGUGGCCAACUACAAGAAAUGUCUGAUUUCUGUGCUUGCCAACAAGGGCUUUGCCACCAAGUACUAAGCCAAAGGGGUCAAAUACUUAUUUCACUUACUUACAUGUAAAUCAAUGUAUAACUUUUUUGACAUGCGUUUUUCUGUUGCAUUUUCAUUGAUUACAGUAAUAUAUAUUUAUAUAUAAUUUAUUUAUUUAUUUCCCUCCAGGGUUAACAAUGUUUUUUUCUGGGAAGAUUUUCAUGUUUACUUGUUUAAUAGCAUGUAAGUAUCAUAGAUCAAUUUGUUUUGUGAGAUUUUAGUGACAUAAUUUAGUGACAUUAUUCUUUGAAAAAAUAUGGGUUGCAAGUGUGAUAUGAAAAUUAAGAAAAACCUCCAUCCAAAUUUGCUCUGAGAGGCUUAAUACUGUCAUAAUCAGAGUGGAAACCCUAAUCAGUUACUACUAUAAAAGUAAAUUGAGGGUCUCUUAUUUCUGAAAUAACUGUAGAGUAACUGACAUCAAUAACUUAGAAACAAGGUGAGCUAAAAUACAAAAUGAAAACCAAACUAUAGCGUAUCCACAGAACUCCUCUCCUUUAUUAAUCCUCCAUAAUGGGGAAAAAUGAAAACAAGCAAGGGCCCUUAAGGGACACUGUAGUAAUUAUAAGUAUUGCAUCUCAUUGAAUUGGUUAUAGUUCCUGGAUUCCCCUGGCCUAUCCCUCCAUUUAAUGUUAAACCAACAGUUUAAAAAGCAGUUUAACACUAAAUAAGGAUCCAUAACCACCCACAACCAAGAGUUUACUGGUGGUAUGGCUAAUGCAGAGAUUACACACUUCCUUGUAGUCAUACCCAUUCACACUGACAAUGGAAACUUUGGUAGGCUACAAGCAGUUUACUGACACUCUCAGCCAAUCACAGCUGCCCAUUGCUGCUCAGGCUAAUACUUCCUCAUUAGCCCAAGCAGCACAGAAAGGAUGGACUUCUUGGGACAUUUUUGGGAUUAAAACUUAACAACCUUCAAAUCUGUUUAACACUGAAUGUUAGGUGCAGAACCAGGGGAUUCCAGACACUGUAACCAGUGCAAUAUAGAUUAAAGAACAGUGCACAAAUAAAAAUACAGCUUUAAAUUUUUUAAGGCUACUUAAAAUCACCUAUCUCAGCAAACAAAUAUGCAGUAUGGCCAUAUCGUGCUAAGCCCACCACUACUUCACAGUACCCCAAUAUCGGUGGGUCCUACACUAAUUGUAAUGUGGGAAUUAAAUAGUGCUAGUGCUAAAUGAGCUAAAGUAUAUUUAAAUAAUCCGUUGUGAGAGCAUUGUGAAAAUAUAUAAUAUAUAUAAGCGGUGGUUUAUUUUGGAUCUGUGCUGCUCUAAACAUGAUGAAACUUAAGCACCCCUAAUUUAAAUUUGCCUCACCCCUUCCUGUCAAGGCUACACUUCUUCCUGUUAAAGACUAACGCACACUUUGACUGACAGACACACACCCUCAGGUACACUGACACACACACACUCACUGAUUUGACACAAUCUGACACACACACACAAUCACUGACGCACUCACAGACACACACACUCACUGACAGACGUGCUCACUCAUGACACACACACAUUGACAUACAAACAGACACACACACACACACAAUCACUCAGACACACACACACUCACUGAUUUGACACAAUUUGACACACACACACACAAUCACUGAUGCACUCACAGACACACACACUCACAGCCAGGCGUGCACACUCACUGACAUACACACAAUGACGCAGACACACAAACCCACAUUCACUGACAGACACACACAUGCACACACUCAUGACACACACACAUUGACAUACAAACAGACACACACACACACACACACACACUCACUGAUUUGAUAUAAUCUGACACACACACAAUCACAUUGACUCACUCACUCACUCACUCACUCACAGACACACACACACACACUUACAGACAGAUGCGCACACUCACUGACACACACCAUGACUCAGACACACACAAACCCACAUUCACUGACAGACACACACACGCACAUAGUCAUGAGACACACUGACAGACAUACACACAGACACACAGUGACAUACACACACACCCAUUCACUGACAGACACACACACUCACUGACAUACACUGACAGACAUACACACAUUAACUGACAGACACACACUGAAAGACACACACACACACACACACACACACACACAAUCACUCAGACAUACAGACUUUCUCACAGACACACACUGACAGACAUACAUACACACACACUCACCCACCCAGACACACACACUGACAGACAUACACAUAUUCACUGACAGGCGCACACACUCACAGACACACACUGACAAACAUACACAUAUUCACUGACAGACACACACACACACACACACACAGAAACACACUGAAAGAUACACACACGUUCACUGACAGACACACACACUCACAGACACAAACUGACAGAUAUACACACAGAGACUCACUGACAGACACACACACUGGAAGACAUUCACACACACUGACAGCCACACACACACUCACACAUACACACACACACACACACACACAUUCACUGAUAGACAGACACAUACACACAUUUAACCCCAACUUUCACAGAUUAUUGUUAUUUUUUAAUUUUAAUUCAAAUCCACCCAGCCUCCCUACUUUUGGGAGAGUUGGGUGGAUUUUUUACCUGAGGUCCAGUGGGGUUGCUGGCCGAGCUGUGUGGGCUGCUGGGCAGGAAGGCAGGCGGGCAUGCAGCAGGCAGGUGGGCGCACUAAGCUGGCAGCAAGGGAACUGUGGUCUUCUUGCUCAGCUCCCUCGCGCGCCGCAGAGUGAUGCUGGGAGCCGGGGAUAAGUCAUAUUCCAGCUCUUGGCGUCACUGCGAGGAGCUGAGCAGGGAGAGCUCACAAAUCAGCGCUCCCUUGACACCCUGGGCCCCCCUGGAAAGUGCCACCCAAGGAAAAUGCCUUGUUAGCCCCGCAGAAAAUACAUUGCUGUAUAUAAGCCCAAUGGAGCAGGACUUUGCUCAUUAUCAAAGAGAUCAGCUUACACUCUCAACCAAUGAGCUGAUUUUUCAGAGCAGGGUUUGGCUCAGGAGCUCUAGCUUUUGAUUCUGGCUGCAGGGAGGCAGUGUGUGUGUGUUACUAAACAUUUUGCAUUGGGGUGCCAUGGCUGACUGCAGUGGUUAUGGUGCUUGGAGUUUUCCUUUAAGUGAGCAUUCUAAACAAAUCACAAGCUAAACAUAAGCCCAUGAUAAGAUCAAUGAGCUCAUAAAAUACAACUUAAUAGUCCCAGUCUGCACUUGAGAAGGCUCACAGUCAAAGCAAAACAAAGUAGAUAUUCGACCUCGGUCUCCUUUGGACAAUAUGGUAUUUUGUACAUUUCACAUCCAGUAUAAAAUUUUAAUUAUUAUACUCAUCAUAAUUAGAAUCUAUAUUAAAAAGUAUACAUAUAAACUGCGUGGAGGGGAGCUGGAGAGAUAUAGCGACUGGAGUUAGUUCACAUCUGUAUGGCACUUUUUCAACAGCUCCUACUUGCCUGAGAAGAGCUUUCUGCAAUUUAAUUUGCUAUUUUUAAAAAAUUAAAUAAAUAUAAUGUAUAUAUAUAUAUAUAUAUAUAUAUAUAUAUAUAUAAAUGAUUUACCUAUUUACUUAUAAUACUUUAAAAAAAAGAAUAUAUCUAGCUGCAGGCCAGUCUUUAUCUAGCAGUGUUUUACAAGCACUUCAUUAUCAGCACAUCUAGUGCGUCCCAAUGUCCACAGGAUAUUUAAUGUGUUCUAUAACAUUACUGUGUAGAUGCAUCCAUGUUAAUGUACUUCAUUAAAUAUGUUAUUUAGGUUUUCUUAUUGCCAUAAGUGGAAUAAUAACCAGUUUCUUCAUUGUAUUUUUAGUUGUCUUUGCUAUUAAAUAUAGGAAAAAGUAUGCAAGAGAAAAUGAAGCAUAUAUUCUAGAAUGCCCACUGAAUCCAACAAACACCAAUGAAACAAUCACAUGGUCACAAUAUAAUGAGAGCAUUUCAGCCAAUAUACAAAGACGAGUACAUGCAACUGGAAAAUACCUUUUUUUUCUGCCAGCAGUUAUGAAUGAUACAGGGUUGUACACAUGUACUAUACAGUAAGUGCUCAACCUAACACCUCCUUAUAAUAUCUAGCGUACAACAGCAAACCUGUUUGUCUUACUCAAUUCUCUCUUUCACGCAAUCCUCUUUUUUGUUCAUUUGUUCUUUAUUUCAUUUCAGAUACUCGCAGACAAUCUUGGUUGAAAUUCAACAUGAUGCUAUUAAUAUGUACUCUCCUCAUUAAUAAUUCACUAAUUUACAUCUGAUCUUAUCUUAAUUCUCAGUCUACCUUACAAAUUAUUUCUCUAUUUAAAUAUGUGACAUUAAUUGUUCCCCUCUCAUUCAUUACCUCAUUGCUCUCUAUCGGUUAGUUGGCCUACAAACCAUCCUACACAUGUGAGCUCUAAGUCUGGUUCAUGUUCUAUCUAUUCAACAGUACGUCUUGGUAGAUAACUUUAAUGGGACACUAUAGUCACCCAGACCACUUCAGCUUAAUGAAGUGGUCUGGGUGCCAGGUCCCUCAGGUUUUAACCCUUUAGAUGCAAACAUAGCAGUUUCAGAGAAACUGCUAUGUUAACAUUGCAGGGUUAAGACAGCCUCUAGUGGCUGUCUUCUGGACAGCCACUAGAGGCGCAUCUGCGACGCUGGAGGCAUAUUAUUCCUCCAUCACGCAGAGCGUCCAUAGGAAUGCAUUGAGACGGGGGAGCUGACGUCGGCGGGGGAGGAGAGGUCACCAGCGCCAAGGGAGCCCGGCACUAGAUUAAGGUAAGCUGCUGAAGGGGUUUUAGGGAGGGACCCUGAAAACCGCUAUGGUUUCCUGACACUAUAGUGAUCCUUUAAACAAUCUCUAGUUCUAAUUUUGACGUAUUAGGCCUUUUUGUAUCCAAAACGUAGGAGCCCAGCAUUACUUUCAUAUUUUUGCAUUAAAUGGUAAUCAAAUGAGCAUGUUUUUAUUUGUUAUAAUUGUUUAAAGCAACAAAUCGAUUUGUUGAAAACACACAAAAUAAAAAGACACUUCCUUUGCAGCCUCUUCACUAAAGGCUUGCUAGCCCAGGAUAAGCCAAUCCUAGACUUAUACAAAUUCCAAAAGGAAUGCUGAGCAUAUUUCAUGAAUCCCUGAACAGAAUAUGAUUUAGCUAUGUAGUACAACAUUUGAGAACCAUUUUGUUACUUUAAAGAUGGAAGCAAACCUGCUGACCAGGGUAUCAGAAGCAUUAUUUGAAUUGUACUGCUCCCUUUUACAAAAUCCCCUGCUUAGCCCCCCUUAUACAAGAUCCCUGCCCCAAGACAAAACUUCUGCCCCCUUCUACAAAAUCCCUGCAUCCCCACACACACAGUUACAGGCAGACAGUCACACACAGUUACAGGCAGACAGUCACAUGCACGCAUUCACAGACAGACAGUCACACACACACACACAGUCACAGGCAGACAGUUACACACUCACAGUUAAAAGCUGGCAGCCACAAACACACACAGUCACAGGCAGAUAGUCACACAAACAAUUGCAGGCAGCAUCACACAGUCAUAUGCAGACAAUCACAUAUACAGUCACAGGUACACAGUCACACACACAGUCACAGGCAGACAGUCACACACACACACACACACACAGUCACACACACAGUCACACACAGACAGUUACAUGCAGACACACUGUCACAGCCAGACAGUCACACACACAGUCACAGGCAGGCAGUCACACACACACACACACACACACACACACACAGUCACAGGCAGAUAGUCACACACACAGUUGUAGGCAGCAUCACACAGUCACAGACAGACAGACACACACACACACACACAGUUGCUGGCAGACAGUCACACACACACACACACACACACAGUCACAUGCAGACAAUCACAUAUACAGUCACAGGCAGACAGUCACACACACAGUCACAGGAAGACGGUCACAAACAGUAACAGGCAGAGAGUCACACACAAUUACAGGCAGACAGGCAGACAGGCAGACAGGCAGACAGGCAGACAGGCGCGUGCACACACACACACACACACACAGUGUCACAUGCAGUCAUACACACACAGUCACACAUAGUCAAAUGCAGACAGUCAUACACAGAUAGUCACACACAGUCACAAGAAGACAGUCACACACAAUUACAAGCUGACAGGCAGACAGACACACACACACACACACACACACAGAGUCACAGGCAGUCAUACAUGCACACAGUCACAUACACACACAAACACACAGUUGCAGGCAGACAGUCACACACAGUCACAUGCAGACAGUCCACACACCCUGGAGUCUGUUAGGUGGGGAAGCAGGAACUCCUUAUUGCUUUCCCUUGAUGUGCUGCAAUAACAGUGGGUGGGGGCAGUGUUAAGCCCCACCUCCACUGCUAAUUUGGUCCCACCCUGCUGUCAGUUGGCCCCGCCCCCACUUUUGUCCCGUGCAUCUGGUUUUAAAGUUCUGCGGCCCCUGUGUGGAAGCUGUGUUGGCCGACCAGCGCCCCAGCUGUUAUGGGGCCCUGUGCGGCCACAAAGCUUACACAUCCCUGGCACCCGGGGCGGACGCCCUGCCCCUCUUAGUACACCACUGGCUCCACCUAUUUGUUAAGAGUAGAAAUAAUACACAAGACAAAGUAUUCCUACUUUGUCUUACAAUUUCUUUUGACUGGGUUGGAAUUUCAGUGACAUUUCAACACAGUCUUUAUGAGCAUUUCAUCGAGAUUUUAUCUUUCUCAAAUGUUCUUUUUUUUUUUUGUAUAUUCUCAUGAACCCCACUAAUAUUUUUGUAAAAUAUGAAUUAAAAGAUUAAAAUGUAAUUAUGUAAAUUUAGCUGUUUUAAUUCCCAGCUACCGAUUAAUAGUAUUUUGAUCCUACAUCCUGCUAGUGCUGGUAUAGCAAACCAUGUUUAAAAUAAAUGUUUUGCCAAUUUUGUAUUUUUUUGCAAAAUUUUUGAUAGAAUGUGAUUAAUAAUAUGAAAAAUUAAAACACUUUUUUCAGGUCAACACUAAAGAGCAAAUAUAGUCAUGUGAGUUUGAUAAUGUCUGAAUCACAUGACAAUUGCUCUGCACAACCUAUUUACCCACAGCGACUAGGAAUGGGAACUGGCGUAUACAUUCUUUGUCCAGACAUUGAUUUAUAUGAACAUAAAAGUAACUUUAUCUGGUAUAAGGUAAGAUAAUGCAUUUAAAAUUAUAUUCAUAAUUCAAAAUAACUAAUACAUCUUUUUAUUUAUGUUCUUAAUGCCUCAAUGUACAGCUCAUUAAUAUCAAAAUUAAUUAGUAGGUGUGUAUCAAGACCUGCAUGUUACAUGCAAGAUCACUUGGUGUAAAAACAUAUCAUACAUCAUAUAGUAUACGCUAUACUGUAGUAACAGGCUAACAGAGGGGUAUAGAGACAAUAAUUCAUAGAUGGUUUUAAAGAUAUUGUAAUUUAUUCAUGAAAAGUGAAUUGUAGUGAAAGUGAGUCUCAGCCAGAGAGGAUAAGCACAUUUAUUUACCCCCCUAAACAGCAGGGAAUUGAACAGUAAUUGACAGUGCAUUUGCAUCAGAGAACUCGCACCUCUCCGCUAACUUUCAAAGCCAUUUAUGGCAGACCACUACAGCCUACUCACAUAACCCAUGAGACCAUGUCCAUAUCUUUGGCUGUAGGGGCUCUACACCAUGAGAUGAUCCAAAUCCAGGUGAUUUCCACUCCAUAUUGCCUGGUUGUGUUGGGAUACCCUUGGCUACAGAAGCAUAACCCCACAUUUGAUUGGCGCAAAUCUGAGCUAUUAUCCAGCAAUGUACAUUUGUUUGUCUCCGGAAACCAGAUAAAGUUUUGUGCACAUCUUCUGCCUCUUUGUUGCCCUCUGAGUACAAAGAAUUCCAUGAUGUAUUUGACAAGGGUCAGGCCAGCGUUCUGCCCACCCCAUUCCCUUGAUCAUUGAAUUAUUUGACUGCCUCAAGGGAGCUACGGUCUUCACUAAACUUGAUCUGAGAAGGGCAUAUAAUCUCGUCAGGAUAAAAGAGGGCCACGAAUGGAAAACUGCAUUUAACACCAGGAGCGGGCAUUAUGCAUACCUAAUAAUGCCCUUUGGUCUUUGCAAUGCUCCUGCAGAUUUCCAGGAAUUUAUAAAUUAUGUCCUGUGAGAUAUGCUGCAACAAUGUGUGGUGGUUUAUCUCGAUGAUAUUCUAAUCCAUUCCACAUCUCUCGGGAACCAUCAUGCAGACGUCUCUCGUGUUCUACAGAGGCUCAGAGAACAUAAUCUCUUCUGUAAAUUGGAGACAUAUGCCAACUGCAAACAGGUAAAAUUUUUGGGCUGAUGCUGGAUUCUCUAUGGACCCAGAGAAAAUUUCCACUGUACUACAAUGGCCUUGACCUACAGGUCUUUGCUCUAUACAACGUUUUCUUGGCUUCACCAAUUAUUAUCGGACGUUUUAACGCAACUUUUCUUCCUUGGUUAAACCUCUCACGAAUAUGAUCAAGAAAGAUGGUGAUCCACAACAUUGGUCAAAAGAAGCUCUCUCAAAGUCUCUCAAAGUCGCCUUUGCUGCAGCUCCAAUACUGGCACACCCUAACCGUGCCUUACCUUUCAUUCUUGAAUUUGAUGCGUCUAAGACAGGAGUAGGUUCCCUCCUGUCUUACCAUCCUGACCCAAAGAGCUCCAUGCAUCAGUGCGGGUAUUUUCUGAAGAAAUUGAACCCAACGGAAUGCAAUUACCAGAUUGUGGAUAGAGAACUCCUAGCUAUAAUUUUAUCUCUCAAACAAUGGAGGCACCUUCUUGAGGGUACUUCACUGCCAAUUCUCAUUCUCACGGACCACAAGAAUCUUACUUAUCUUUCCAAAGCUAAACAACCUUCCCCUCAGCAAGCUAGAAGGGCUCUCUUCGUAUCAAUAUUCAGUUAUGUGGUUUUUUAUUUGCCUGGUACUAAAAACUAAGGAGGAAAUAACUCCUACUCCAGUGAUUCCUCCACACCGAAUACAAGCCACUAUCCACUAACCGUACUAACCUCAGCUCACCCCUAGGCGAGGAAAUUCUGGCUGCACAAGUUAAUGCUCCUACAGAGAACCCUAGUGGUUGUUGUUUUGUACCUGUUCAGCUCUGCACCAACUUAUUAGGUACAUAUCACAAUUGCAAAGCAGCUGGACAUCCAGGCAAUAAACAGUUAAUCUGGUCUGUCUCGCGACAAUUUUGGUGGCCUAGUUUCUGUUUGGAUGUCACUGCUUUUGUAGCUGCCUGUCCUGUGUGCGCUCAAAGUAAAACACCACAACACCCUCCAGUGGGUCUCUUGCAAACUAUACAUAAUGGUGAACGACCCUGGACUCACUUGUCCAGGGAUUUUAUUGUGGAUCUUCCAGUCUCCCGUGGCAAUACUGUAGUUCUCAUGGUUGCUGAACAAUUCUCUAAGAUGUCACACUGAAUUGCCCUGUAAAACUUACAGCAAGUCCCAGUACCUUCUUGCCCUUGAAUGGUUUCCUGUUUCCCAGAAGACUCCCUGUUUCCUGUGAAUUCCUUGUAUGAUUACCCGCUUUGGUGCCUGACCCCUACUUGCCUCCUGGACUUUGCUUUUGGUUUAUUUCAUUUUUGCUAUUUAUUAACAAAGCUGUUUUGCAUCUUUGUUCUUUCUCUGUCUGGUUCCUGGCCCCUAACACAUCAUCAGAGGAAAUAUCUUAGGGUAAGAUAAGGUUUAAUGCUGUUUUAGGCUCUUCAUUCAUUAAAAAAAUAAAAAGUAUGUACAAGGUUUGAGAACAGUUUAAAUCCUUCAGGUAAGAAAGCAAUUUGCAACCUCCUCACACCAUAGCUACUUCAGUUCAAUGAAAUUAGUAUGGUGCCUGGAGUGUUCCUUUGAAUUACGAUGGAACAAGCACUUAGCAUAAAUUGUAGGUUUAAUUUUGGUUCAGAAGUUGAACAAUUGCCUCCAUUCUUAUGGGGUUAAAGGGGAAUUGUCAUAUUCCAGAAUGUUUACCAAAUUUGUAUUCAUGAUGUGUGAAAAAUGUUACAAAUAUAGAAAUAAUGUAAUACCUAAGCAAUUUAACUUAAUUACUUUAAUUUAGCCUAAACUGCAAGCUCCAUGGCUGAAAUAUGAUACCAAAACAAACAUAGAAUACAAUUCAAUGAUUAACACAAAAAUACGUGUUUCUCUUUGUUUGAUGUAGGAAUGCAAACCAUUACAUGGUGAACGGUACAUGAAAAUUGACACUGGUCUCUCUUUAAAUCAUUUCACCGAACUCGACCAAGGAAUAUACAAUUGUAAAUUUACAUACACAUAUAAUGGUAAGACGUACACGGUUAACAGAUUCAAGAACAUCACUAUGAAAGGUAUAUAUAUUUCUCUAUAUACAAUGUACUUCAUGUGUUAAUAGUUUUUACAAGUAAAUAUUAGAAGUCGGAGUGGUGGCUGGUGAAGUGUUAAGAUGGCAGGAAACUAGACUCUACCCCUGGAAUUCUUCACUUUACCCUAUACGCUCUACUCAAAACUCAGUGGGACAACAAGCCAUCUGCAACACCAUCAAUCUAUAAAAAUAAGAAUAGGGGGAAAACAAAAAACACUUAAGGGACUGUUAAGGUUACAAAAUGCAUUUUGUUUUCUUAACGCACUUAAAUACUGCAUUAAGAAAUAAAUGUAUUAACUUUCCAACAUUCCCAUCCUAACUGUCUCAGUCCUACCAUUACGUAGUUGUCAUUUUUAUCAAAGUGAAUUUUUUAACUAAGCUGUUGAACUUGCUUUCUGAAGCUUAGCUGAUUUGUCCCACUUUUGCAAGCACAAACAUAAUUUUUAGUACCAGCCAGUGACCAAUCAAAUGCCUCUCAUAGAGACUCAUUGUGGACACAGGAAGCAUAGCAAAGCAUAUUAUAAAUACUUAACUCAAAUAAUGGUUUGUGAGUAUCCCCCAGUUGCUUUUGGAAUCUAUAAAACAUAUCUGAAAAUGUAUAUUACUAACUAAUAUUUAUAUAAUCAAGUUGUGUAUCGAAAUAUCUGCACCGAAUAUGGGCGGGACCUGCAUAAGCCCAAGGAGAUACCACAAAGGGUAGUUGAGAAUGACAGAGCUAAGAUCUUGUAGGACCUUCAGAUUCAGACAGACAAGCCAGUAGUGGACAACCAACCGACACUAUGGUGGUAGACAAGGAACAGAAGACUGCAGUGGUGGAUGUGGCAAUACCAGUGACUAUAACAUCAGGAAGAAGGAAUAUGAAAAGGUGGACAAAAAGGACUGAAAGAAGGCAGUGGUAGUCCCAGUUGUGAUUGGAGCACUCGGGGCUGUAACCCCCAAGUCCCAAGUUGGGAGAGUGGCUUCAGCAGAUUUCAGAGUGCAGUUCUACGAACAGUUAAGAUACUACUCAAAACUCUCAGAAUGACCUAUAACGUGUGUUAACCUUUCUAUGAUGCUCUGUUUUCUAUUAAAGCUAUACUAAAUAUAUAGCAUAUGGCAUCAUAAUCAAGUUCAGUCCAGGCACAGUCCAGGUACACAUUGCAAAUUAAGAGGAGAAACAGAAACAUUCAGGAUUAUAUUUAAAAAGUGCAUUCUGAAAAGUAGAGCAAAUGGGGAAAUGAAGUGGAGUCACCAAUGCAAUGUUCCUGUUGGUUCUGCUAUUUCCAAGGUGGUUGCCACACUUAAUACUUUAGACCACCUUUAAGAAAAUUAUACUCAUCUAAGCUGACUACCACAUCCAAAGAACAGAAAAAAUUAUAAAAAAUUAAAAAAUGAUUGAAAGAGAGUCAAGAUGGUGGCAUCCAGAUAAUGAAUGAAGAGGUGUGGAUUCCUUCAUUCAAUUAUUCAUGCCUCAAAAACAAAAUAUUUGUUUUUACUUAAAGAUAAGUAACCAUAAAAUGACAAAAAAUAAUGCAGGUUUUGUUUUUAUGUCUGCUAUUCACUGGAGCUCUUUUCUGAUUCUUAUCUGCUUUUAUGUCUUAAAUAAAUAUCUAAUCCUUAGCUAGUAAUGCCAGAUCCACUAAGUUUUCCUCGACACAUAUCACUUAAACAAAAACCGAGAAUAUGAGAAAUCUGAGAAAAAAACUUUUUUGAGCUCUGAGCAGGUACUAACCGAAGGGCAAGCUACUGAGAUUUCUCUGAGCUUUUGCCCCCGUUCUCAGAGUUCUCAUAUUCUAUGUUUUUUGUUGUGAUAUCAAUUAAACAUACUGAUGGGCUGCAUAUGAAAAUUGCUGCACUAUAGUGUAUAACAUACACAAGUCAACUUAAAAACCUUCACGUUAUACAUUUUACAUGCAGGGCAGCAUCCUGGAAAACAUGAUAGAAGCAGCAGCUUUACUUAUACCCCUCAUACCAUGUUUCACACUACUUGCAUGUUUUACCAGAACACAUCCAUAUAUAUUCUAUCUAGGUCACAAAUAACUAUAGUGCCACCCUUUGCUCCCACUCUCGCCUGUUCAGUCACUCAAAUUUGAUAAUAGUAAGUCACAAAUGUAUACUGGUAAACACACUCAAAGAGCUGCUAGAGCUGUGUGAAGUAGAUUUAAAUAUUCUACAGAGCUGGUAGCCUGUAGAUAAUUAAUCAGGUGUCAAACAAUCAGGGAUUGUAAGAAAUUGUUCGAAUUAAAAUCAGUAUGUACAUUGUGACCUUUGUAGUACAUAUAAGGAAAAUACAAAAUAAACUGUGAAGCUUAAAGUAUCUUAUUUUAGAGUCACAAAUGUAAGCAAAGAAACACUUUCCAUGUGUUUAAAGAAGGCCAAAUAUAAAUUAUGGUGGAGGCUAAUAUAUUGGAGUAUUUUAAUAUAUGGUCUUAUGUGUUGGUUUGUUCUCAUGAGAUAGACAAAAAAACAUAUAAAGUAUAAAAAAACAAGUACAGAAUAGUACAAUAUAUUUUUUGGAUAACAGAACACAAAUGAAAGGGAAACGCUUAGCACCAGAACCACUACAGCUUAAUGUAGUGGUGCUGGUGCAAAAAGAAAGUCCCAUUAAGUUUCUGCAGUGUAAACAUUGCAUUUUCGCAGGAGGAGACAUUAAAGAUGGGUAAUAGACAUGCACAGAGAAUAAAAAUUGUUUUGUUUCAAUUCAGUAAUUCUGAAAUUUGAUUACUGAUCAUUUAUAAUUAUCAAUUCGGAACAAACCAAAAUUUGCAUGCCUUUUUCAUAGAUAAUCCCCUUAUGCACUUAGGGUCCUGUUUCAUAGAUAAUCCCUUUAUGUGGAAUUGCCCUAUUCAGGAUACCACAUUAGGACAUUGUUUAUCCUUUGCUCCAUAAUUCUGUUCCCUUAUGUCCUAUUUAAGGACACCAAAUUAAGGGCUGUUUAGCUCCUAAGUUCAGAUAGUGUCCAGGACCCCAAGGUAAUUAACUUAAUUGCGAUUAAGUUGUUAUAAUGCCUGGAGUUUUCUUUUAAUGCACAAAACCCUUUAAUACAGUUUAUGAUCUACUUUGAAAUGUUUGCUAAUUCUGUUUUCAUUUUAUUUUUCUUUAGCAGCAUACAUACAAAGAAAACCUACUUUGGAAACUGCCAUAAAUAGAACAAUAGAAGUGGCAUUAGGUGAGUAUGACAAUAUGCUAAACCCUACAAGAGAAAAAGUCUCAGGCACGUUUAUUGGAUCCGCAAUGUUUCGACCUGUACCCAGAUCUUUCUCUAGACCUGUACUCAGGUCUUUAUCGAAACGUUGCGGAUCCAAUAAACCUGUCUUCAAUAAAUCACAGUGCGUGCCUGAGACUUUUUUUUUCUUAUAUGUAGAUUAUAUGGGGUAUGCUGACCCAUGUUCAGUUUAGCACCCUGUGUAUAUGUUUGUGAUUGAGUGCAACCCUCUUCUUUAUUUCUUUUAUAAAUAUGCUAAACCAUCACUUUGGUGAAUUUGGUUCUGCUUUUCAUCAGUGAUGACUCAAUUCAACAAUGCAUUUAGAUGAGAUAGCAAUAUUUUAGUGGGUGUAAUUGAUGAUAAGUGACCUUAUAUGUAGGCUUCAUGUAUCUGAGCAGUUCCAUUUGUAGGGCACCCAUUGUGUUGAUUGAAAUUAUUUAAUGUGUAGUUUUUAUUAUUUUGUUCAACUUAUUAUUUUUUUGAUUUUUUUUUUAUUGGGAUGGGCUUAUUUCUGUGGGAUGAAAAUAAACAAUAAAGGAUUCUACCUUUAGUUUACUAUAUUCUUUGAUUUUAUUUUACAGGUUUUGUUUAAGGAGAGGUUAAGAGUAGAGUUGAGCCGAACUUAGAAAAAAAGUCCGGGUUCGGGCUCGAACUUGACCCCGAACUUGACCCCAAACCCGAACCCCAUUGAAGUCAAUGGGGACCGGAACUUUUGGGUACAAAAAUGGCUCUAAAAAAGUCCUGGAAAGGGCAAGAGGGCUGCAUAAGGAAGUAAAAUGGGGGUAAGAGUAGGAGAAGUGCCCUGCAAACAAAUAUGGAUAGGGAAAUAACUUAAAAUAACAUAAAAUGUGUGAUUGUAGUGCCCUAAGCUGUGUGUCUUUUUAGCCAUACAUAUUUUUGCUUUAAACUAGGUCAUGGCCAUGGGUGUCCGGUGGAGGGGGAGAGGGGGUACAUGCCCCCCUGGGCAUGCCCCCCUGAGCUCUGCAGGGCGGGGGAAGGCUUAUAAAGCAUUGCCCCGCCCUGCAAUUAGGCUCAAAGCACUCUGAUUGGUGGGUUUAAGCCAUCCAAUCAGAGUGCUCUGACAGGUAAAUGAAGAGACUGACAGGUAAGUCUCUACAUUUACCUGUCACAGCACUCUGAUUGAUUGGCUUGAAAUCCUCCAAUCAGAGUGCUCUGUGUCAUUUUACGCAGUGUGGGAAAGUUCUUUGGAAAUUUCUCACGCUGUGUAAUUUGACUCAAAACACUCUAAGUUGUUUUUUUGGAGGGGGUAUAGAAGUCAAAACAGGGUUUUAUAUAUGUUGUCGUAAUAUUUUUUAUUUAUUUUAAUUUUCAUUAAUUUUGUUUAAUUGCUGCAUUUUAUUCACUAAAUAUUGGUCACAACGAGUUGAACUGUCCAUCUCUUGCUCCAUCGUAAUAUUAAGGAUGGACUAGGCAAUCAGGAACCUUGAAGUUAUGCUAUGAAUGGGAACUCCAGUACUUUGGUGGGAUGAGGGGGUUUGGAAUCAGGUGAUUAGCUUUUCUCUGACUCUCCCAUUUCAAUGAGAAUAUCCAGGUUACUUUCUCACCACAUUUCCUUACACUUAUUAAGUUGGAAUGGUGGAGUAGCUAAGGACAAAACUCUUGCUCUGUUAUAUUUACUACUCAUAUUUACACCUAUGUGGUAAGGUGUGGUAAGAUGUUAAGGGGCCCAGGGAAGCCCUCCCUACCAUGUUUUAUUUUUUCAUAAACCUCCCAAUCAUUAGCAGGGGACAACCACAAGCCCAGGAUUACUUUUGAUGCCAUAAUCCUCGUUAUAUAGCAAUGGAGUUGUAAACAGAGUUUACACCAUUUAAGGUGUUUUAAUUUCCUCUUAGUAUUGCUCCAAGGCUAGGAAGGACAGAUAUUUUCGGAGGUGUAGCAAAGAAGGGGCAAGUGUCACUGGCUCUAGUUUUGAGGAGGUGUCACAAAAUGUUCAGGCUUCAUACCCCCACACCUUUUAAAUUCCAUGGCAAUGAAUAAAGCAAUGUUUUAAAAUCAAUUGAGGGUUUCACAUGGCUGUUUCAGCCUGGGGCUGGCAGCUCCCUGUGAAACAUUCCAUUAGUUAAUACAGUUGCUUCUUUGCCACACAAAAGAGAGGGUAGGACUUGAGGGAGGCUUCAGUGUUGGUGGUAUUAUGAAGAAGCAGAGUAGUGACUGAUUGGCCCACUGAGGGAAAUUUUAAUGUGGGCUUCUGUAACUGGGUGCUGCUGCAAUUUAUGUUUGUUUUAAUAAGUUUGUCCUUGCAUUGCACAGAAGUGAAGGCCGCUAGGAUACAGCAUGAUGUAAUAUCCUGGCGGCCAACAUGCAUAGGAGAUACCUAAUGACAGCCUGGAUUCCAGCCCCAGGCCUGAAAGCCCAGUGCUAGCCUAGGAUGGCAUAGGACAGCAACUUGUAAGGGACAUAAGAAUUAAAACUGUUAAGUGUGUGCGAAAGAUUCUGGCUUGUGUGUUUUUCAGUGUAUCUUGCUUGUGUGUGUCAGUGUAUCUGUGUAUGUGUUUCAGUGUCUGUGUCUGUCUGUGUGCAUGGGUCACUAUACUGUAUACACAAUAUAUAUAUAUAUAUAUAUAUAUAUAUAUAUAAAACAAGAGGGGGUUGGCUGCACUCACCUUAACAUGCAUAAAUGGGGGUGCUGCUGGGGGCCAAAUAAUACAAUACACAAGAUCCAGCGCAUUCACCUAUCCACUAAACAGCAACUUCAAUGUUGAAAGAUUUUAUUUGUUUUUUUAAAAACACCUAAUCUAGGCAAAAAUAAUGGGGGUUUAGUUACAUUAUAUGAUCAUACAUUGCAUAAGCCUGCCACAACGUCAAUGUACCCCAUCUUUGGCAGGUCCUACACUAACAGCCUAAUGUCUGCUCUUAUGAGAUUAACCUACUUGGGGAAAAAAAUUCCAUCUGGGGCUCUCUGCAGUACAAGGCUAAAUAGGGCCCUGGGAUGAGGCACCUGUGACAGGGAGGGGUGCAAAACCAAGGAGUUGGCUAGACUCCCAAAUAUAUAUAUAAAACAAGAGGGGGUUGGCUGCACUCACCUUAACAUGCAUAAAUGGGGGUGCUGCUGGGGGCCAAAUAAUACAAUACACAAGAUCCAGCGCACUCACCUAUCCACUAAACAGCAACUUCAAUGUUGAAAGAUUUGAUUUGUUUUUUAAAAACACCUAAUCUAGGCAAAAAUAAUGGGGGUUUAGUUACAUUAUAUGAUCAUACAUUACAUAAGCCUGCCACAACGUCAAUGUACCCCAUCUUUGGCAGGUCCUACACUAACAGCCUAAUGUCUGCUCUUAUGAGAUUAACCUACUUGGGGAAAAAAAAUUCCAUCUGGGGCUCUCUGCAGUACAAGGCUAAAUAGGGCCCUGGGAUGAGGCACCUGUGACAGGUGAUAUAUAUUAGAGAUGCACCGAAAUUUUGACUGCCGAUAUUUGCGGCCGAAAUUGGGCCUAUUGUGCCCAAAAUUACACCAGGCCCAAUCCUGGACAAGUGCGGGCAAGGUAAUUGCGGAAGAAGGGGGCCAACCACCCUUGUAGCUAACUGAUAAGGCUCGGUGAUGUAUUUUAUUUCUGUGCAGCACUGAGGGCUUCUUCUUGCACUGCGCCCUUAUCCCCCUUUGCUUCUGAAGUGAUCCUUUGUGGCAAACUGACACUAAGGUAGUGUGCAGCUCCAUAAGAGAACCCCAUGAACGAAAUCAGCAGAAAGCGCCUCCUCUUUACGCUCUGCGUUAGAGCACCAGGUGUCAUGUGACUACCCAAAGCUCACUUUGAAACAUGCAGAGCAUGCCACAUAGGAUUUCGAUGAGCCACCCAUCCUUGUCAUGACAGGAAUACAGCAGGGAAGGGGGGCUGUCAGUGUGUGUGCAGAGCUGGUGCUGGCUCUGUGAGUGAGACAGGUGCCGCUUGGGAAGGAGAGGUAUGGAUAGAUGGAAGAGGGGAAAGUGAGAGGCAUGGAAGAAGGGGGGAGAGAGACAUGGAAGAAGGGGGGAGUGAAAGAUUGAAAAAGGGGGAGAGAGACAUGGAAGAAGGGGAGAGUGAAAGAUGAUAGAAGGGGGGAACGUGAGAGACAUGGAAGAAGGGGGGAGUGGAAGAUGGAAGGGGAGAGAGACAUGGACGUAGGGGGGAAAGUGAGAUAUGGAAAAAGGGGGAAGUGAGAGGCAUGGAAGAAGAGGGGAGUGGAAGAAGGGGGUGAAAGGUGGAAGAAGGGGGAGAGAGACAUAGAAGAAGGAGGAAAGUGAGUGACCUGGAUAAGCAGGAAAGUGAGAGACAUGGAAGAAGGGGGUAGUGAAAGAGUUAAGAGGGAGAGAGGCAUGACUUGUAGUUUAUUGGUUUGUAGUUUAUUGGUUUGUAGUUUUUCAUAUUAGAUUCAUUAAAUUAAUUAAAAAGUCUAAUAUUAAUAAAAUUAUAGAAAAAAAAUAUUUUAAAAUGAUUUUGGGAACAAAAUUCAUUUCGUUUUGGUUUUCGGCCAAGGGCAUCCUGAAUUUUCAGUUUCGGAACAGAAUCUUCAUUUCGGUGCAUCCCUAUAUACUAUACUGUAUAUCAGUAUGUGUGUUAAACAGUGUUUAAUUGUGUGUAAUAUGUGUUUAAAUGUCUGUAUAAAUGUAUGUGUAACUGUGUGUGUCACAAUAUGUAUCAGUAGGUUUGUAUGUGUGUGGGUCAAUUGCUGCUUGCUUGUGUCUGAGUCAGUUAAUGUGUAUGUGAGUUAGAUUGUGCAUGCAUCAAAUAGGCCAAUGACUUAAUCUAAUUGGACUUAACACGGUUAAACUGAAAUCUUAAUUAUAUGACAUUGAAAUCUAUUAUACGCAAAUAAGUUGACAUACAAUGACCUUGAUUUAAUAUUUUCGAUAAACUUUUCAAAGGAACAUGAUUUGUUAGAAAAGCCUUUCAAAUACUUUAUCUACCGUCUGAAAUGUGUCAAACAAAUUACUUUCCCAGCUAUGGCCAUGGCAGCACUACCUCCCCUCUAGUGCCAUACCGCAGUUCUUUUUUACUGUCUACACUGUCCAGGUUUUCAACACAUUUUUAUCAUGCAUACAUUUUCUUUAGGGCUUACCAGGUUUUUUUUUUUACUUUUAUCCUGGUGGGAGUUCAGCCUCUCUUCCUCCAGAAGCUGCAGUAUAUGGCUCUUCACCAAGAGUGACCCUGCGCAGAUCCUUUAAUCGAUCUGGGGUGUAUGCUACAGUGACCCUUGGGUAGCAGCUUAGAACUUAAGGUCCAGUGCAAAUUCUUUCUAGGUAUCUGAUGGCCUGGAGGAAACAGUUCUUGUAAUUACAUAAGUGCUGGGAAGCCUGACUAUCUGGAUGCUGGUGUUUUACUUUGCAGCCAGGAGUCCUCUAAGGAGAUUCAGUCGGCAUUCAUUUUUUUUUUGGCUGAAUUCGCCCAAAGUUGUUUGAAAAUCUGCAAAAAAUUUUACAAAGUUUGGAAUUCUAUUUAUUUGGUAUUCGGUCAUUUCCGAUAGUGCAAAUAUUGCGCUUACAUGUGGAUUGUUGUAAGGCACCAGUGUAUUUUAUUUAUUAUAUAUAUAUAUAUAUAUAUAUAUAUAUAUAUAUACACACACACACAAAUUCAGACAUGAGCACUCACUUGGAUUUUCCAAUAGUAUAUUAAAAAGUAUUCAUCAAUCUACAUCAACGUUUCGACCCUUCAUGGUCUUAAUCAAGAUGAGUCUGGACUUUUGUAUAUAUAUAUAUAUUAGAUUCAUAUAUAUAUAUAUAUAUAUAUAUAUAUAUAUAUAUAAACACACACAAAAAAUGAGUACUACGAAAAAAUAAAGUAUGAUCUGCCUGGGUGCAAUCCUGCGUUACAUAUAUACAAAAAUGAGGGUUAGGGAGUACUCUCAGGUCUCAAAUUUGUGCAAAUAGUGUAUUUUUUGGGUCUCCAAAGAUCAACUGUGCAUUAUAAAUCAAAUCGACGUUGCAACCUGUUCGGGUCUUUUUUAAGAUCAUAUGAAUUUUUCAUUUUCAUAUGAUUCAGGAAAUAGUGUUACCUGUCUUUUUCACUACCCCUUCCUCUGAAGAGGAAAGAAAUCUUCAUCUUCUGGAUGUGGUUAGAGGCCAGUCAGUCUACCUUAACAGAACCCUGGAUUGGAGGAAAUUGAAAAGGCUCUUCAUUGUUCCAGUGGGUCAGAAUAUAGGCGAGAGGGCAUCUGUUAAAACUAGUACAUAAUGCUCUCCAGAUGUACUACUACGGCUAUAUUCAAAGCUUUGCUUAGGAGGUUAAGGCAAUACCGGUUUCUAGGGAUUGAAAGCACAUUUCAUAAAGGCCCUCUUUGCUUCAUGGGCAGCUGUAGCACAUAUUCCUUCCGAACAGAUCUGUAGGGCAGUCAUGUGGUCCUUGUGGCAUACCUUCAUCCGUCAUUCCUUUCAAGGAAUGAAAUUUGUCACAGCCACAUAAGUUAAAUACAUGAAUUUAGUGUUUGCAGCAAUUAUACGUUUGUUGAUUUCUUUCUUUCCAUCGCUAGUUAGUUUGGCUUUGUCAUGUCCAGUAAGUAGUGCUGCCAUAGCCAAGGCCAGGAAAAGAGCAAAUGGAUUUAUACUUACCCCUAUUUCCUUUUCCCAGUAAUGGGCUAUGGCAGCACAACGGUCCACUCUAAAAUCUAUGGCUUUAUACAAACUGGGGUUUUGGGCCUAGAGGUGAGGUAUUUAUAAACAUUUAAAUUUUUCCUGUCCAAUGGGAGUGGUGGGAAGAACUAAGCCAGGAGUAGUGCUGCCAUGGCCCAUUACCAGAAAAAGAAAAUAUCAUUAUGUAUGAAUACCUUUUCUCUGUUUUCCCCCAUUUAUUUGCCAGUUUUUAAAACUGCUCAAUAUUUUACAGGAUAUAGAAUAAGCCUUGUUCAGUCAGUGGAGAAAGUGACUGAGAUAGAACUAUUUUUUCUAAGAUGAACAUAAAAAUGCUGAAUAAUACAAUAUUGUACAUCCUGCUCUUCUUUGUGAUUUGUAUAUAUAUAUAUAUAUAUAUAUAUAUAUAUAUAUUUAUUUAUCUGCAUCUGUAUAUCUCCAAUGUAUUUUUAAAAGAAUUAAAAAAUAAGAAAUAAAAAAAUAAAGAAUGCUGAAUGUGUAAUUAAAACCAUUGUAUGUUAUAUUAAUGGAACAUGAUAUUAAAUGUAUAUUUUCAAUCAUUUUAGGAGACCCAUUAAAUAUAAGUUGUUCUGCUUUCAUUGGAUACAACAAGUCCGUUUUAGCAGCUAUCUUCUGGAGCAUAAAUGGUACACAUGUUGCUAGUCUUAAUUACUCUAGAUUCCAAGAGUAUGCAAGGUAUGCAUAUUAAUUAAAUGUUUGAAAUUACUAAAAUGUCUAGUGAAUUUACCUACUUACAUUUCAAAUAAUAUAUUACAAUUAUUUUACUUUCCAUUUAGGAAUUAUAUUACACCAUCGCAUGAAUUUUAUAUUGAGUCAACAUUGCACAUUCGGAAAGUGGAGGAACAAGAUUUUAACUCCAACUUUACAUGCUUUGUUUCAAGUAGUAGAGGGGGUCAAGAUUCCAUAGUAAUCUUAAAAUAUCCAGGUAAGAGUAUUUACAGGGAUAUAUAAGCUUUGUGGGCUAAUUUGCUAAUUAGUAGGCCACAAAGAAUUAUUAUUACUCGUUAAUUAAUUAUUAUACGCUCCGUUAUACUUUAACACAAAUGACAUCCUACUUAUUUUACAUCAUUAUAGUUACCAUUGAAUCAAUACAACUAUGCAUACUGAAAUUGUAAAUACUGAUAUCAGUUCAGUUUACAAGUUAGAGUGUCCAAACAAAAUGGUGUCACAUACAACCUUAUACCAAAAAUCAUAUUCACUAUGCCAUGUUUUAGGGUCAUUGGUGUAAGAGAGAUGAAAACUAGAUUUGGAAAUGUGGGCAAAUUUGUCCUGGAAAUCCAAUUUCCGAAACCGCCACGUGCCAGAAUUUAAGAGUAACUGACUCAAGCAAACCCGAACAAGCUUGUUUUGAUUUGUGAUUGGAGUGCCAUUCUGUCAUGAGAAGUAUACCUAAACUCGCAGGAAAUGGGAUCCCAAAAUAGAGAGACAGAAAUAAACAUAUUACCAGGUUUUAGCGUGAACUGACUUAACAUAAUAAAGAGUAGAAAAAUAAUAAAGAUAAAUAUAAGAGAUUUAGUCCCAUGUGUGGAACCCAACCUGAGGGUCUUUGCCAUGCCUUGGUUCCAAACUACAAUGUACUGCUUAAAUACCCAUUAUGUAACAAGUAACACCCUGAGGGUGGAACAUACGUUUAAGUAAAAAAUUAGCCAUUACCAUACAAAAUAAAAAAGGUCACAAUAAAAUACCACUAUGUAUAUAAAAAAAAAAAAAAGAGUAUGUAAAAAACACAUGCAGAAUGCAUCCAAUUAACUGCAUCUCAGUAUGGAAAGUACAACCUUGUUAUGCUCUAUAUCCUCGAAAAAAGGCAUAAUGAAUGAAUAAACUGCAAUAAUAUUAGCAAAUAUGUUUGCUGCAGUAUACAAUAUUGUACGAAAGGGACACUUGUAACCAUGCAAAUGUUCCAGUGCAAACGGGCACUUAACUUGAUAGUAUAUUGCAAUCCAAUCUUCAAUUCAAGUGUCUCCAAUACAUAAACAUUCAUGGAUGGAACCACAGCCAGAAAAAAUACACUUUAUACUCUAAGUAGAGUAUAAAUGCACAUAGACCCAGAAGCAGAAGCAUAUAGACCCAUAAGAAAAGAACUGAUGUGGAAAAUUCAAUAUACACUGAUGUCAUCAUAAGAAAGUAGACACGGCAAAAUCCCUAUUUAAAUCUUCUGUGCUCCAAGCAAUAGCAAUGCUAACUGUGGAUCCAGAAGGCCGCAUCAUUUUUAGGAUUUUUAUAUAUAUCCUGCACUCUGGUUUGUAUUGGGACAGAGUCAAUUAUUUGGCAUUUUAACUGGAAUUGUUUGUUUAUGUUCUGAAAAAUGGUUUAGCAAGCUUUCCAGACUGGAUGUCAGUGCGAUGUUUAAAUAAAUGUUCCCUACUUCUGUUAGUGGUCUCCCCAAUGUAAGUAAAAAAACACACACAUUUUAAUAGAUACACAACAAAAAUUGAUAGAUAUGUGUAAACAUUCCUAAUGCAAAAUUAGUUUCCUGUAUGUUUAUGUGAGAAGAAUUGACUGUUUAUGACGGAGUUGCAGGAAGUACAGUUUAAAAAUCCCUAUUGACUCUAUCCCCAUACAAAAUAGAGGGCAGGAUAGACAAAAACAUCUCUUCUGGACCCACAUUUUGCAUUACUUGGAGCCCAGUGGAUUGAAUGGGGAUUUUUAUGUGUCCCUUUUAUUAUGGUGAUAUCAGUCUAUAUUGCAUUUUUUCACAUCAUUUAUGUGGAUCUAUAUGCUUCUGCAUGUGCUAAUGCUUUUUCUUUUUUUCUUUUUUUUGUUUUUUAGAGUAAAGUGCCCUAUUCUGGCUGUGGUUCCCUGCUUGGUAGUAUAUGUAUUGGAGAUAUUUGAUUUGAAGAUUGGAUUGCUAUAUACUAUUAAGUUAAGUGCCUGUUUGCACUGGAAACUUCGAAUGGCUACAAGUGUGCUUUUCAUACCAUAUUAUAUAAUGCAGGAAACAUAUUUGUUAAUAUUGUUGCAGCUAAUUCAUUAUGCCUCUUUUGGAAGACAUAGAACAUAACAAGGUUGUACUUUCCAUAUGGAGAUGUAGUUAAUUGGAUUAUGUAUAUGUAUAUUUUGCUCAUGUUAUUUUGAUAUCCUCCUUUCUAUAUAUUUUGGUAUUUUAUUGUUCUUUUUAUCUGGUAUGGUAACGGUCAAGCGUUCAGUAAUGUAUGUUGCAUCCUUAGGAUGUUGUAAUCUAAUGGGUAUGUAAGUUGUACAUUGUAUUUUGGAACCUAGGCUUGACAAAGAUUCUAAGGUUAGGUCAAAACGUUGUAGGUUCCAAACAGGUGGAAUAAAUCGCUUUGAAAUUUA